GGAGAGAGAGAGGGGUGUUGCCGCUUCUGAGACACACUCACGCAUCACAGAGUAACAGCAGCAGGGCGGGAACAGAGCGUCCCUCCAUCCUUCUCUGUAGGAAAACAAGGUUGUUAUUUUAAUUAUUGAAACCAUACAAACAUCUUUUAUAUUAUUAAACACUAUCAAACCGAGAUUUUUGCGAGAUACCCAGCACCUCGCCAACAGGAGAUCGACCUCGCCGUGAGCAGAAGCUGGUGUGAGACCCUUUCAGCACCUUGGACAGCGAACAUGGCUCCAAUGUUGGAGGAUGGAGCUCAGCCUGUGGCAGUGCCCAUAGGUGUUGCUGUGGUGAGUGUUUUUGGCCUGGUCUUCACCGCAUCAGCCUUUGCUUGGAUCUGUUGCCAACGCAAAAACACAAAGUCCCAGAAGACACCUCCCUACAAGUUUGUGCACAUGCUUAAAGGGGUCGACAUCUACCCAGAGAGCCUCAGCGGGAAGAAGAAGUUUGCAGCGCCUGCCACCCCAACGACUAACGACACUAGUAAAACUGAUGUUAAUGGCAACUGCCACACUGCACCUAUGAGUCCGUCUGGCACCACUAAGCUGGCCACAACUCCAAAUGGUUCCAGAUCGGCUCUGCAUCUGGAUCUUGAGAAGCGUGACCUGAAUGGGAACUUCACCACCAAGCCUUUUCACCACCACCAUCAGAAGGUGCGAAGUUCCCCAGACCUGGAACUUCCCUCUCCCCAUGCUGGUUUCACCCAGCCUGGUGUGAUGGACCGCCGUGACCUUCCUUCACCAUCCAGCAACCUCUCCAGCCAGGCACCCACCCCAGCUGUCGACCGGCCACAGGGGGAGGAGAAAGAGGGUGGCCUUGGGACCCUCCAUUUCUCCCUUGAAUACCAGCCAGAGAGGAAGGCAUUCAUUGUCCAUAUUAAGGAAGCCCAUGGUCUCACCCCAACUGAUGAGCAGUCAUUGACCUCUGACCCCUACAUCAAGCUGACGCUGCUGCCAGAGAAAAAGCACCGAGUGAAGACUAGAGUUCUGCGGAAGACUCUAGACCCUGCCUUUGAUGAGACCUUCAGCUUCUACGGGAUCCCUUUGGCCCGGGUGUCCGAGCUGGCCCUUCACUUCAUGGUGCUGAGCUUUGAUCGAUUCUCUCGCGAUGAAGUCAUCGGAGAGACCCUUGUACCUUUGUCUGGAAUCGACUUGUCAGAGGGGCGUGUCCUAAUGAGCCGAGAGAUUAUUAAGAAGAAUGUCAAGAAAACCUCAGGCCGAGGGGAAUUACUGCUCUCACUGUGUUACCAGUCUACCACCAACACUCUGACCGUGGUUGUUCUCAAAGCUCGUCAUCUGCCCAAGACUGAAAACAAUGGACCCACAGAUCCAUACGUCAAGGUGAACAUGUAUCAGGGAAAGAAGCGCAUAUGCAAGAAGAAGACCCACGUGAAGAAGUGUUCCCCCAACCCGGUCUUUAAUGAGCUCUUUGUCUUUGAUCUGCCCUCCGAAGAGGGUUUGAGGGACACCAGCGUGGAGCUGCUGCUGAUGGACUCAGAUAAUAGCAACUCACGCUGCCCCAACAAUGUUAUCGGUCGCCUGGUGUUGGGUACAUCGGCACCAGGAACCCCUGGUGAGCACUGGAGGGAGAUCUGCGACCAUCCGCGUCGGCAGAUUGCCAAAUGGCACGCCAUGUCAGAGGACUAGAGAGCUGGGGUGUUGGUGGAUUAUGUCAUCCAUAUCUGACCUGGUGCGAACUCGAUAGGGAUGGAAUGAGAAUGGGCAGGAUGUGACGUCCUGCAGGACAGUACCUUUGGACUUUAAAUGAGGAAGGGUGGGGGAAAAGGGAGGGGACUUUUAUUGUACUGGAGAGGAUCAUUUGAAGUGAUGUCAUCAUUAAGCCAAUCAUUUAUUCACAUAUGUUUGAAGUUAUUGGGGUUUAGUUGGAUGGCAGGGCAUGAUGAUGGUG